GAAUUAAUACUCCUAAAGAGAGAGAGAGAGAGAGAGAGAGAGAGAGAGAGAGAGAAAGAGGAGAUCUGACUGUUUUCUCUCUAAGGGAGGAAGGGUAUUAGUCUUUUUUUCUCUAUAUCUCCGCAUUUUUAGUUUUUACUAUACUUGGGUCUGCUGAAUGUAUCCGGAGAUUUGAACCGAUUUUAGUAUUAAUGAUGCGGAGUUUAUGUUUUAGGAGGGGGGUACUUGAAUUUUGCAGUUCUUGACGUGAAAAUCUGAUCUUUUUGUGCUUCUGCUGAUCAGGCACUUUUUGCUUUGUAUUUCAUUGAAAUAAUGGGAAUAGAAGUGGAAUCCAAGUUAGUUCAUGUUCCAGUUGAAGCUGGAAGUGAACAGAGCAAUCUUCUGAACGAAAAUGGAAAGCCGAAUCAUGGUUCAGGGAUUACUGAGCCAAUAAAAUUUGGCACUCAUGGUACCGAAGAACCUAAGGAGGACGCAAGCAGAAUUCCUGUGAGCAAUGUUCCAAAGGAUGCAGUGGAGGAUUGGCCUGAACCUAAGCAGGUCCAUUCGUUCUAUACUGUUAAAUUUCGGAGAUUUGAAGACCCAAAAGUGAAGGCCAAAAUUGAACUGGCUGAAAAAGAGCUACAGAAAAAGAACCAAGCGAGAUCUCAGAUUAUUGAAAAAUUGAAGGUCAAAAGGGGUGAAAAAUCAAAUUUAAUUGAACAAAGGAAAGCCCUCAGUGCUGAGAAUAAGGAAUUUUGGAGUGCUAUUGAUGGUAAAAGGAAGGAGAUGGAACCUCUGCAUGAGGCCCUGGGCCAGCUCCGCGGUUCUAAGAAUGCAGGCCGAGAGAGGGGUCCUAUGGUGUGUUCAUCUGAAGAGGAGCUCAAUCAACUUAUUAAGAGUCUGCAUUACCGCAUUCAGCACGAAAGUAUUCCUCUGAAUGAAGAGAAGCAAAUUCUGCGGGAAAUCAAACAGCUUGAAGGAACAAGGGAAGAUGUUAAAAAGGUUGCUGCUACAAGGGCACAGAUUCAUGAGACGAUAGGUGAAAAAGAAUCUAUCCAGAACCAGGUCAAACUUAUGAAUGUUGGCUUGGAUGGAGUUCGUAAGGGGCAACAAGAGGUUAAGGCCAAGCUUAAGGUAAUAGAUGAUCAGAUUGAGGCCAUAAACAAACAGAUCAACAAAUUGGAUGAGGAAUUGAAGGAAGUUGUGGAAAAGAGGGACAAGACUUAUGAACAUAUUCUUGAAUUAAGAAAACAGCGUGAAGAAGGGAAUUCUUCUUUCUACCAAAACUCCAACUUGUUGCACAAACUGAAACAACUUGCGGAUCAAAAGGAUGUUGGAGCCCUUAAAGAGCUCACAGUCACAGAGGUCGACAAGUUCAUUUCUCUUUGGUGUGGUAGUAAGUCUUUUAGAGAUGACUAUGAGAGGAGAAUCUUGCAGUCUCUUGAUAUUAGGCAGCUGAGCAGGGACGGCCGGAUGAGGAAUCCUGAUGAAAAGCCUCUGGUGCUACCAGAAGCACCUACUGUCUCCCGUGCUGAAGUUGUUCCAGCAAAAGCUAAUGCAAAACCUACAAAGGAAGAUCAUGCACCCGUUGAUGCUGCUCCGAUUCAGAAAGAACAGCUAGAGAAGAGUGGCAAGCAGCUGAAUGAUUCUCGUGGUAAAAACACACAGAAAAAAGGGGUCGUUGAUGAUGAAGAGGAAAUCUAUGGUUUGGACAUGCCCAAGGAUAUUAAGCCCAAGAAAAACGAAGUUGAUGAGGCAACACUAAAGGAGAUGAAGAAAGAGGAGGAGAUAGCAAAAAAUAAACAGGCUAUGGAGAGGAAGCGAAAGUUGGCUGAGAAAGCCGCUGCAAAAGCUGCAAAGAAAGCUCAGCUAGAAGCUGAAAAGAAGCUCAAGGAACGUGAGAAGAGAGUGAGAAAGAAGGGCGGAUUUUCUGUUCAGGAACCAACCGAGGAGCCAACUGAAGCAUCUGAAGAGGUUGCUGAGGAAGAAAACGUAGAGGAGAAAGUUGAAACAACCGUUGCACCCAAGGUUAAGGCGCGGAAAGAGAACACUAUCAGGCACAGAGUAACACGUGCAAGAGGCUCGGAGCUUCCCAAAGCUGUACCAAAGCGCAGGAAAGCAACAAACUAUUGGCUAUGGGCGGGUGCUCCUGCUGCACUCGUUAUUCUGGUACUUCUAGUCGUCGGCUACAUGUAUCUUCAGAAGUAGAAAGAGGUGGGGGGAGUGUGAAAACAAAAACAAGAAACAACUUUGGCUUUAGUGUUCUUUUACAAUACUGCAAUAGCAAGUACUGUUUAGUUAUCACAACUUUAUUUCUUUUUCUUGCAUCCUAUAGUCUUGGGAUGGAAAACUCAUAAUGUGUUGCUUGGUAGAUGCGGCCUAUCUUGAGAUACUUACUGAGAAGAGUCUACAUGUUUUUAUUUAUGUUGGUGUAGUUGUAAUGAUUGACAUUUUGCUUAUACAUUGUCAUGUUGGACUUUUGUCUUUGUAGACAUUUGAAA